AUGAAUCUCUUCUGGUCCGCGAGCAUAGUGUCCUUCGUGGUCACCAAUGCGCGAGCUGCCGUAUCCUCGACAGGGUUUACUGUGUCUUUGACGGAUAUUGACUACUUCUUGCCGCCGAAGCCGGUCGCCAAGAUCUCCCGCUGCGAUGAGCUUCAAUCAACAUUCGGGGAUGAGCUUUUUGUCCCAUUCACGGUUCUGAACGCCAAGGACAGUGGAUUUGAUAUCGCGUCUCUGACGGCUGGUUACGACGAGGAUGAUGUUUGGCAAACUGGAUUUAUGGAAGCACUCUACAUCCAGGGUAGCAACUCCAGGUCCCUGAAUACUUCGGUAACCAUUCUUUCUGGCAUCUCAUCCUGUGAACUUGCGCCUGGGCCGUACUUUAUCAAUGCGGCGGGUAAUGUAUACGAAGCUUGGAGACUCUACUCUGAUGUACAAGGCGCUUUCACAGAGUCUGCCAUUGCGAGUGGGGACGGAUCAUACUCGGUCCUGCCCGCUGGGACCGUGGGUCAGAAGCAAGCAGUCGCUGUUCCGUCUCGUCUGUAUUUCACCAAAACCGCUGAAAAGCCAUUGGCGGGCAUGCGCAUUGGAAUCAAGGACAUUUAUGACAUCAAAGGUCUACGAACUUCCAAUGGCAACAGGGCUUGGUAUUGGCUUUAUCCGCCGGCAAAUAUUACUGCACCAGCUGUCCAAAAUCUGAUCGAUGCUGGAGCUGUCAUUGUUGGAAAAAUGAUUACAUCUCAGUUUGCCAAUGGCGAGGUUGCUACUGCAGACUGGGUCGACUAUCAUGAAGCAUUCAACCCCCGCGGUGAUGGCUACCAGGACACAUCCUCUAGCUCUUCUGGUGGCGGCGCUGGUACGGCUGCGUACUCGUGGUUGGACAUCAGCCUUGGCUCAGAUACGGGCGGCAGUGUGCGCAUUCCGGCCCAGGUCCAGGGCUUGUAUGGCAAUCGUCCGUCGCACGGCUUGGUACCCUUGGACCACGUCAUGCCGCUCAGCCCAGUACUCGACACCGCCGGAUUGCUUGCGCGCAAUCCACAUAUCUGGAUGGAAGCUGCCAAAGCAAUGUAUGGACCAAACAUCACCUUCACCAAAGAUUACCCCACCAGCAUUCAAACGCUUGGAUGGCCGACGGAAGCAGAUAAUGUCGCCGACCAGCUUUUGAUUGACUUCCUGGGGAACGUAACCGAGUUUCUGGGCGCCAAGGUGACGGUAUACAAUAUUUCGGCAGAUUUCGAUGCAGCGAACCCAGAUGUGGCACCUCUUGCUACGUUUUUGAACCUUACGUAUGCACUCCUGAUUACGAAGCAGCAGUCGGAGCUUGUCAAGAAGCCUUUCUACGCUGACUAUGCGGAGAAGCACGAUGGCCGUCUGCCAUUUGUGAAUCCCGUACCUUUGUAUCGAUGGGCGUGGGGCGACAAUCAAACUCUGACUUUGGAAGAUGGCGUUGCCAACAAGACCAUGUUUCAAACCUGGGCUAAUGAGACUUUCUUAGUCCCCUCGUAUCAGUCGUGUUCGGAGUCUUUGGUCAUGUACGUCGGCUCUACAGCUGGUACCGUCUACCGCAACGCUUAUCGAAAGCCGCCGGGUUUACCGUUCGGUUUCGAUUAUAGCCGUAUCUCAAACAUGGCUGAAGUCCCUGACUUCGUUGUACCGCUCGGUGACGCACCAUACAACUCCACCAUCACCGGGCAUGUUGAAUACCUACCUGUGACAGCCGACCUGUUGGUGGCAAAGGGAUGUGAUGGUAUGUUGUUUUCGCUUAUCGCGGAUCUAUACGACGCCGGCAUACUCAAGGAGAGUAAGACUGGGCAAAGUGGUGUAACUGGAGGAGAUAUUUUGCUCAGGAGGAGCAUGCUUGGUCUUGAAUAA